AUGGCACAAUUACCUCCCAAGAUCCCAAACAUUUCACCAAGUUGGUCAGACUUCUCCUCUCACCAGAAGAUGCCAUUGCCACCCCUUAGCAAUGGCACCACCACCAACACGAGCCAUUAUCAAAAUCAGAACCCUUCUUGGGUAGAGUUCCUUGACUUCUCGUCCGCCAGGCGCGGCGCUCACCGGCGGACGGUGAGCGACUCCAUCACCUUCAUGGAGGCUCCAGUGAGGUGUGAAAAUAACAAUGGCAACGGUAAUAACAAUGACAAUGAGUUUGACAAGUUUGACGAUGAACAAUUCAUGUCCAUGUUCACGGAUGAAGUAGUGUUCUCUGGGGUCCCCGUUCCACCAACCACCUUGUCGUCCUCUAGUCCUUCAAGCCCGUCCGAUCAGAACUUCAUCAAUGAUGAGAAACAGACCAAGCAACAUAAGGAGAAGAAGGAGGAAGAGGAACAUCACCAUAACCAAUUGAAAAAUGAACCCGAUGAGGUUGAAAGCCAAUGCAAACAGGAAAUUACACAGCCUCCAAAUAACACCAAUUCUUCUUCUUCCAAUGACAGAAUUACUGAUCCCAAAAGAGUCAAAAGAAUCUUGGCAAAUAGGCAAUCUGCGCAAAGAUCGCGAGUGAGGAAGCUGCAAUACAUAUCAGAGCUAGAACGAAGUGUAACUUCAUUACAGGCCGAAGUUUCGGUGCUGUCUCCAAGGGUUGCAUUUUUGGAUCAUCAACGUUUGCUUCUAAAUGUCGACAACAGCGCUCUCAAGCAAAGAAUCGCCGCCCUUGCUCAGGACAAGAUCUUUAAAGAUGCUCAUCAAGAGGCACUGAAGACGGAGAUAGAUAGACUGAGGCAAGUGUAUCACCAACAGAACCUGAAGAAGAUGGAAAAUGUUGCAGGAUCACCAUUACCAACCUCAUCACCGAACCCUCUAUUUGAUGCUCAAACAGAAAAGGAACAACUUCUCAACGCUUGA